AUGAAGCUACGAUGGGCCCGGCAACUAAAGCCACGCAACGAAAACUUCGUCUGCCUCCGUCUCAACGAAUUCGAACAAACCCCAGAAUUCUACGGCUUCGUCAGGGAACACGUGCACCACUUCACUGUCGUGGUUGAUGGUGAUCUGACCCCGUGUCUGGGCUUCAAACAUCCAGAUUUCCACAUCAAGCCAAAAAAAUGGAGUACCGAAGACGGCAUCGCGCUUCUACGAGUCAUGGCCAGGGAAUGGCAGGAGGGAAAACGUGAGAUAUUCCGAAUCGAGGUCGUUGGCGGGUCCGAUCGGCUGUUGUGCAGCAUUGACGCAGAAAGAAACUUACUGAAAGUGACGUCCGUCUCGGGAGACCACGAUGAUGCAUAUCGACCGCUUGCCAUG